UAUAUAUAUAUCUACCCUGACAUCUUGACAACAACCCCAAUUGCUCUUUAGCCAAAAAAAGGGAGGAAAAAGAAAACCAAAAUGUCUCUAAAGACAAAGAUUCCAUUUUUUCUUCUUAUGAACUUAAGCUUUGUUUUUCUUUCUCCAUGUAAUGGUGACUGCAAAUUUGCGGCAAAUGAUGAAAAAUGCAACAAAGUCCAAGGGAUGUUUGUGUUUGGAAGUUCUGUAGUUGACAGUGGCAACAACAAUUUUCUUGUAAACUCAUUGGCUAAGGCAAAUUACUUGCCUUAUGGAGUAGAUUUCCCUUUAUUAGGACCUUCUGGGAGAUUCACCAAUGGCAAGAAUGUAAUUGACCUUCUUGGUGACCAUCUAAAGCUUCCAUUCUAUAUUCCAACUUUCAAUGAUCCUUCAACUAAAGGAAGCAAAAUUAUUCAUGGUGUUAACUUUGCUUCUGGUGGUUCUGGUAUUCUUGAUGACACUGGUUCUGUUGCUGGGGAAGUGAUUAGUUUGAAUCAACAAAUCAGAAACUUUGAGAAUGUGACAUUGCCAGAGCUGGAGGAGCAGCUAGGGUGCAAAAGCAAAGAAUCACUGAAGGAUUACUUGUUUGUAGUGGGAAGUGGAGGAAAUGACUACUCACUCAACUACUUCCUGAGCUUAGCCAACAACAAUAUUACUCUUCAAGAUUUCACUGCAAAUUUGACCCUUACACUCUCUCACCAACUCAAGAGGUUGUAUAAUAUGGGAGCUAGGAAAUUUGUGGUGAUGGCAUUAUAUCCCAAUGGGUGCAGCCCAAUGGCCAGAGGUAGAAAUCCGAUGACUACUGGCUGCAUAGAAAGUUUGAAUAAAGCUGCCCUUCUAUUCAACACUAACUUGAGGAGUUUGGUUGAUUCCAUUAGGCUUCAAAUGCCUGGUUCUAAACUAGUCUUUGUCAAUGCUUACAAGAUCAUUAUGGAUAUUUUGGAAAACCCUACUCCCAAAGGUUUUAGUGAUACCAAGAACCCUUGUUGUGAAGUGGCAACAAUAGAAGAAGGUGGAACAGGAACUUUAUGCAAAAAAGGAGGAAAUGUUUGUUCAAAGAGGAAUGCAUAUGUCUAUUUUGAUGGGUUGCAUCCAACUGAAGCAGUGAACGUUGUGCUUGCUAACGAGGCCUUUUCUUCCAAUCUCAAAGCGGAAGUGUACCCUGCAAAUGUUAAAAUCCUAUCACAAGUUUAAUAUAUAUACAAGUUUCUCGGCACAUGCGCUGCACGUGUAGUUUAACUUCCGAGUCAUAUAGUACGUGGUUGUAAAAUGAUAUCAAUAUUAUAAAAUCAAAGACUUCAUGUCA